AUGCGCCUCUCAGACCUUGCAGAGAAGUGCGUGUCGAUCCUGGUCAUGUCGACUCCAAGAACACCUGUUCAUAACUCAACCCAAUUGAAAGAUCGUGCGACUUCGCAACAUCUUCUCGACACCAGCCAUAUCAACGUCCGAGAUCACAUUAUUCAAGUGACCAUGGUUCAGCCAACUCGCCCGCCAGCCAAUGGCUUCGUCGCCGCCGCGCGAAAGGUCUAUAACCCUCUAGGAUUCUCCAAGGGCUAUAACUUCGUCCUUUUCUUCAUCUUCUUCGGUGCACUCAUGGGGUUUACCCUCGCGCGAUUUCAGUACCUCAACUUCGACACCUUCUGCAGUGGAGCGGCGCCAGGAGAAUGUUUCAACUACCAGAAAGGCCAUGAAAAAGCCGGUCUCAUCAUCCACCUAGCUGGAAUCUUGCCCGCCAGCUUUUUGGCAUGUUUCCAAUUCGUGCCUGUACUUCGUCACAAAGUCCUUCUCUUCCAUCGUAUCAACGGCUAUGUCGUUAUUCUUCUCGGACUUGUUGGGAUUGCUGGCGCCUUGAUGAUUGCGAGGAAUGCCUUUGGAGGCACGUUGGACACCCAAGUUGGUGUUGGUGUUAUGGCGAUUGCGUUCGUCACUGCGCUCACGCUGGCAUUCGUCAACAUCAAGCGACUUCAGAUCGAGCAGCACCGGGCUUGGAUGCUACGAGCUUGGUUCUACGCUGGCUCCAUCAUUACUCUUCGCCUUAUCCAGUUCUCGGCCGCGGCUGUAAUCAGCAGCAUUGGAACAUACUACACGGCGCGUCCUUGCGAUCAAGUGGCUUUUAUGGUUGACAACAUGAACCGAACUCUUGAGCUCUAUCCCGCUUGUGCAACCUAUUUCUCUGGAGAGAACCCUGCUCAGCAAACAAUCGUCCACGCGAACAUCAUUAGCCCUACAUCGGCUGCUGAAGCCGGUGCAGCGGCGGGCAUGCCGUUCGGUAUGGCACUCUGGCUAGCACUUGCCUUGCAUGCAAUUGGUAUCGAGAUAUACUUGAAGCUCACCCCAGCUGAAGCCGAGAGGCUGCGGAACGUUUCCUAUAAGAGGCAGUUGGAGGCUGGCUUGAACCCUGCCGGACGAGCUGGUAUCACUGUCGACAAGAUCGGAGAUUCUGAGAUGUGGCAGCCCAAACACAAGCCAUCUCAGGCGAGCUCAACUUCAGACCUGCCCAAGUAA